UUCAAGGGACGUCACUCAUUUUCCCCAGUGACCUUGACAAGUCACAGCUUGAAAGCAGGGAAAUCCGGAUGUCUCUGUUAUGAAGUAGAGCAGUUUUACAUAUUUCCAGAACUCUCCAUCCAGCCCGGUGAUUGAGCAUCCAUCUCCUUUACUGCCUGUGCCUGUGGCCAUCUGCAGUGCCUUCUCGGCUCCCAGGACUCUGCACAAUGACCAAGUGCGGCAGCCUGGUGUUGCUUCUUGCCACCAUAUGGACCACAGGACUUCUGGUCCAAGGUUCUGUCCAAGUAAAAGAGCUUUUUGCAACGUCAUGCAGAAUUAUGGGAGUUGCCCUUGUGAACAAAAAGGUAGACCCACAGCUGAAUUUCACAGAAGCCCAGGUGGCCUGCAAGCUUCUUGGACUAACUUUGGCCAGCAAAGCCCAAGUCGAAGCAGCACUGCUGUCUGGUUUUGAAACUUGCAGUUAUGGAUGGGUUGCAGAACAAUACCCUGUCAUCCCUCGGAUUAACCAGAACCCCAAGUGUGGGAAGAAUGGGAAAGGCAUCCUGAUUUGGAAAGCUAGAGCUCACCAAAAGUUCAGGGCCUAUUGUCACAACUCAUCUGAUAUUUGGGUUAACUCAUGCGUUCCAGAAAUUAUCACUACCUCUGAUCCCCUAUUAGACUUUGAAACUGAAACCUACACUACAGACUUUACUGUCAGCGACAGCACCUACUCAGCAUCAGCCCCAUACUCUACGACCCUUGUUCCUUCUACCACUCCUGCUCCGGCUGCCACUUCUUCUUCACGGAGGAAAAAACUGAUCUGCAUCACAGAAGUUUUUACGGAAACUAGCUCCAUGCCUACAGAAACGGAUUCAUCUGUUGAAAGUGGAGCAGGGUUCAAGAAUGAAGCUGCUGGGUUUGGAGGUGUCCCCACGGCUCUGCUAGUGCUCGCUCUGCUGUUCUUCGGUGCUGCAGCUGGUCUGGCAGUCUGCUACGUCAAAAGGUAUGUGAAGGCCUUCCCUUUUACAAACAAGAAUCAGCAGAAGGAAAUGAUUGAAACCAAAGUAGUAAAGGAAGAGAAGGCAGAAGAAGGCAAUCCUAAUGAAGAAUCAAAGAAAACUGACAAAAACCCAGAAGAGCCCAAGAGUCCACCCAAAACUACAGUACGAUGCCUGGAAGCUGAAGUUUAGACAAGAAGUGAGGAGGAACACCAGACGCUGGUUUCUUUCCUGAUCCACAUUCGGCUCUAGAUGGGGAAAUAAAAAGAGCCAAAGAACCAAAGAAGAAAAUUCAUCAUCAGUUCCUAACAGGGAUCAGCUCAGGACAAUGGAGUUCUCCAAAGGGAGCCUUCUUUUCCCUUUACUCCUUUCUGGAUCCUAUUCUCCUACCUCCAAACAGCCUUUCUCCCGCAGCCUUUCUAGCUUGGAUGUGUCCUGAUAUUAUCCCAGUGGGACAAAGGACCUUUCAAAGCUCAAGGACCAACAAGAGUUCAUCAGCACACAUCUGUAAAUGGGUCUCCAGGCUGGCUGAGUCUAGGGGAGGAGGGUGCCAGAGUCACUGAGACCAGGCCGGACCCACAGCCCACAGUCUUUCUGAGCUCUGAAAAGGAGACACUUACAUCACCUGGCAUGUCCUUCUUAGCCAGGCACAAGUAAAAGAAGGAAAAAAACGUUUAGAAAAAUGUCAUGGCGCCGGGGAUUUAGCUCAGUGGUUCCUCUGCCUGCCUCACAAGUACAAGGUCCUGAGUUCGAUCCCCGGUACCAAAAAAGAAAGAAAAACGCCAUGAAAAUUCCCAUGACUUGAGAUAUAAUCUCUGCAAAACCACAAUAAACAGAGCACUAGGAGGAGGCUGGGGAAUCUAACACCACCAUUGCCAACAGGGACUAUAAACAGACAGGGGCCAGGUACUCUUCUCUGAGUCAGUUGAGGUGCAAUCACUUUUCACAACAUACACCAACUUUCUUUUCUUGCUGUUGCUGCUAUUUUCUCUAGAAUAGACUUCUAUAAGAAAAAACAAAAAUACCCUUAGAAAUUUCUAGUUUUACCUGAGCUACAGAAGCUAUUACUAAGGAAAAGUACUGUGUUUGAGUAAAAAGUAUAAAAUUCAACAGUUUGUCAAAUAUCUCCUACUAGUCCAGUAUCCUUAUUCUGAAAUGUUUGGAUCAGAAGUGUUUUCAGAUUUGGGAUCUUCUUUGAUUUAGGAAUAGUUGCAUAAUGAGAUACCUUGGGAAUGAGCUCUGAGUCUAAACAUGAAAUUCAUUUAUGUUUCAUAUACACCUUAUAAUAUAGGUUGAAGAAAAUUUUAUACAAUAUUUUAAAUUGUUUUAUGAUUGAAAUGAAGUUUCUUGAUAUAGAAUUUUCUACUUGGUAGUGUCGUAUUGGUGCUCAAAUUUUGGAGCAUUUUGGAUUUUGGAUUUUUGGAUUAAGGAUGCUCAACCUGUGUAUGUCAGGUGCUCUGAAAGAUAUUACACUGUGUAACUGAGUAUUAGUCAUCAAAACUUAAAUGUAGCACAGUGCUAUCUAAAGCUAAAUUGUUCAGCUUUGAUAUUUCCAGCUUAUUUACUUCCAAACUAAUUUUUAAACUGAGACUAAUCUAUUCAUUUUCUCUAAUAUGGCAACAAUUUUAACUUUAAUUUAUUAUUAACAUACCUAAGCAGUACAUUACCUGUACACAUCAAAGCACAUUUUUAAAAUUCCAUUAACAAAUGUAUCACUAGCUCUAAUUUUUUCCAGCAAGAAGAGUCUGAGAGAUGCAAAAAUAUUUGUGCCCCAAAAAAUAAAUAAAUAAAACAUUUAGAUAAUU